AUGUCUUCGACAGAUUAUGAUUAUGAUGAACAGGGUCAAUUCUUCCCCUUCUUCAUUUUGACUCUUUCGGGUCUUGUCACACUUCCUUUGACAUACAACCUCCUCAGAUCGACUAAAGGCAUAGAGAGUACCGCACCACGAAUAAAGUCGGAUUUCAAGCCGGAACAUGAUGACCUUGUCCAGGCGCAGAAGAGGAAGCAUUUGCGCAAACAGCGCCGAGUUAAGCGCAUAGCUACGGUUGUAAUAGGGUACGCGAUUAUGGCGUGGAUGAUCUAUUUGAUUAUUGUGACUGCGAGGACGGUGCCGAAGAUUUGGGAUCCGUAUGAUAUUUUGGGUAUCUCAAGGAAUGCCGAUGAAAAAGCUAUCACGAAGCAUUACAAGCGUCUCAGUCUCAUGUACCAUCCCGACAAAAUCCGACCUGAUCCUUCCAAAAAUGAGACUAUGGAAAUGAUCAAUGAUCGCUUUGUCGAGCUGACCAAAGCUUACAAGACGUUGACGGAUGAGGAGGUCCGGAAUAACUAUAUCCAAUACGGUCAUCCCGAUGGGAAACAAAGUUUCAGCAUUGGAAUUGCUCUACCUAAGCUCAUCGUCACGGAGGGGAACGGAAAGUAUGUCUUACUAGUCUACGGAGGUUUGCUUGGUAUACUCUUGCCAUACAUUGUUGGAAAGUGGUGGUAUGGCACUCAGCGGUAUACCAAGGAAAGAGUUCUCGUUGCCAGUGCUGGAAACGUCUUCCGCGAGUACAAGGAUGACAUCACCGAGGGUGGAAUUAUCAGCGCACUAUCGUCUGGAGAAGAGUUUAAGGAGCUGUUCAAGGACGCCAAAGCAGAGGCAGGACUUGCGAAACUAGAGAAAAGGGUCCUGACUGAUGGAGCAUCUUUUCUGUCAUCUCAGGAUCGCGAGACACUCAAGCAGAUGGAUAAUUCUCACCGGAGGAAAGCACUGGCGCUGCUCUGGGCGUACCUCGGUCGAAUUGACUUGGAUGAUGCUACUCUUGAUACAGAAAAAUUUGAAGUGGCCCCCAUCGCGUUGUCCCUGACUGAAGCAUUCGGCGCUAUCAGUCUCGCCUUUGGCAACCUGCAACCCGUCUUGGAAACUUUCCGGACGUCUCAGAAUAUCAUCCAGGCCGUUACCCCGGGCUCGUCACCUCUCCUGCAGCUGCCGUACUUCAACUUCGAGGUCGUCAAGUCGAUCCAAGGCGAGCAAGGCAAGGGCCACCUUACGGUUCAAGAAUUUAUGAACCUCUCGGAUGACAAACGGCGGGCUCUAACUGUCGGUGCUGGUCUCUUAUCAGAGGAGAAGUAUGCAGCAGCCAUCACGGUGGCAAAACAGCUUCCUGUACUUGAAAUCUCCAAGGCUUUUUUCAAAGUGGCGGGUGAAAAGGUCAUUACCCCAAGCAGCUUGGUGCAGCUAGUUGUGAAGGCCCGAUUUGUCCCACCUGGUUCGACGAACGUCCCUGAGGUCACUGAAGCCGAACUCGAGGAUAUCGAUCCUGAUGAGGAUGAUCUCGAUGCUUUCAUGGGCCGCAGGCCAGCGAACAAAACAGGAAAUUCUGGAAAUGUCGGCAAGGACGGAAACAAAAUUGAAGCUGUCCAACCCCCUCUAGCUCAUGCUCCUUAUCUCGCCCUUGACUAUUCUCCUCGGUGGCAUAUUUUCCUUGCCGAUACCAAGCAGGGCAAAAUGGCCGUGCCGCCCUUUACUUUCGCAACCUUCGACCAGCCGAUCUUUGAUGAAACUGGAAAAAGUACCUUCAAUAUGCAGACCCUGAAGAUGCAGUUCCAGGCUCCUCCGCAGGUCGGUGACUUUCCGUUCACGCUGUACAUGGUCUGCGACAGUUACCUUGGUCUUGAUAAGAAGCUCGAUAUCACACUUCACGUUGACGAUGCGGCCAAAGCGGUCGCUCUGGAGGAAGAUGAGAUUAGUGAACCGGAUGAAGAUUCCAUAGCUGGCCAGAUGCAAGCCUUGAAGACAGGCCAACCUCCCAAGAAGAAGCCCAGGAAGCCUAUUGAUGAGUCCAGCGACGACGAGAGUGACACGGACGGCGAUGCAAGCGAUACUAGCGAUACCAACACCGAGACGGACGUUGAUGAAUAG